GAAACUCUGACAAAGAAACCUAGGCGUCCCCAGGAAUCUUAUACACCAAAGAAACUCGAAGAAAACUCAAGAAACUUGGUGGCCAAAGAAACUUCAAAGAAAAAAGCCAAAGUAAAAACUCAU